GCCGUCAGCGAUCCGCCGGGUAAUGUUUGAAUCGAAAAUGAAAAGUUGGAUUGUUUCGUUCUGAGUCGAUAACGAUUGAAACGCUUCUCCCUGGCAACCGCAGCUUCUGCGAUUUCCACAGUGCUCGUUUAGAGCGUUUAACUUUGUGCCAGUUUUGAACUCUCUCUUUGCGUUGGAUCGCGUCCUUUAGGCAUGGACGUCUCGACGUAUUUAUGCUUUUUGUCGCUUUGCACGUGUUUGGUGCACGGAAAACCCACUCUCGGGAAAGAAAGAGUUCAUCACGAGCCUGAAUUGAGCAGACAACCCCACGAAGAUAACCAGAGCUAUCAGUACGACCACGAGGCCUUUCUGGGCAAAGAGGAGGCCACCACAUUCGAUCAGCUCACCCCAGAGGAAAGCAAAGCCAGAUUAGGGAAAAUAGUUGAUCGUAUUGACAGCAAUGUUGAUGGUUAUAUCACCACUGAUGAACUCAAGGCCUGGAUCAAGAGAGUACAGAAGCGUUACGUCUAUGAGAACGUCGCAAAGGUCUGGUCUGACUAUGACCUGAACAAAGACAACAAGAUCUCAUGGGAUGAAUUUAAGCAAGCAACGUACGGUCACUACCUUGCCAAUCCAGAAGAGUUUGAGGAUGCAACAGAUCAGUUCAGCUUCAAGAAGAUGCUUCCGCGAGAUGAACGUAGGUUUAAGGCUGCAGAUCUCAAUGGCGAUUUAGCUGCAGAGCGAGAGGAGUUCACUGCUUUCCUCCACCCAGAGGAGUUUGAGCAGAUGCAGGAAAUUGUGGUUCUUGAAACUCUGGAGGACAUUGACAAGAAUGGGGAUGGUCAUGUAGAUGAGGACGAAUACAUUGCGGACAUGUUUGCUCAUGAAGAUGGCGGCCCAGAGCCAGACUGGGUUAGAACAGAGAGAGACCAGUUUUCAGAUUUCCGAGAUCUGAAUAAAGAUGGGAAGAUGGACUUAGAAGAGAUUCGUCACUGGAUCCUGCCGCAGGACUAUGACCACGCGCAGGCAGAGGCUCGGCAUCUGGUGUACGAGUCGGACACAGACGAGGACCAGAUGCUGACCAAAGAAGAGAUUCUUGAGAACUGGAACAUGUUUGUAGGCAGCCAGGCCACCAACUAUGGCGAAGACCUUACUAGGAACCAUGAUGAGCUAUGAACCUGAGCAAAGGGUGUGGAACUCUACCUGAGGACGCAGGUACUGAACUGAGAAGUGAACCUCUGUGGCAUCCGUUCCAUCAGAAGCCAUGCCAGUGACUGACGAACUGACUGAUGUACUGCAGCUCUACCUCACAGACUGGACAUAGAGGAAUCACUGACUGAUGGCUGUAGUCCCUAAUACACACUUAGGAUUUUCUCUUUCACUCUGUGUUCUUUUUGUGGGUGGUCAAGGAACUCUUCUGUCCUGGUUGAAUGAGCUGCUACAGACUUCUGAAGCUGAACCUUUUUUUUUUCUUUUUUUUUUCUAAAGCAAUCAUAGGACGAAGCCUGUGCCUAUUUUUGUCUGGUUUCAAUAUUGGAACAAACAUUCUAUUUAUUUAGAAUUUAAAUUGAAUUUCAUGCUUUGAUAAUACAACACUUUUACUACAGAAAGCACUAAAAGUCAGUGUUGAUAUACAGUUAUACAUAAAGUACACUAGACAUUUAAUUAUGUUGUAGAUUAUCACAAUGUUCCCAUUGCUGACCGUAUGUCCAUGUCUUAUAUGUUUUGACAAACUUUACAUGUUCUAAACACAGCUGCCUCUGAUGCAUUAUUUUUGUCUUUACAUUUGCACGUUGUCUGUUUUUUGCUCAUGUCUGGUAAAAUUAGACAGUAUUUAUAACUCCGUCUUAUUUUAUGAGAUUACAUUUGAUGAC